GGCGGGAGGGGGGCGGGAACGCGCCAGGCGCGAGGCCGGUGGCUGCUGUAAAUAAGGCUGGUAUAGAAUAGAAAUCCAUCUUUUCUCACAAAAUUUACAGUCUAAUCAGAGAAGGAAAAGUAGCAGGAGAAACUAUUUUCCAGUCAGCGACCAGCGUGAUGUCUUGUAGGUUUUGAACUUCAGCUCAGGAGGAAGAUGAAAGAUAGCGUCCCUGAAGAACAUUUAUAUUUAGGUUUGUCUCAUGAGUACAAAGAUAGUAUUUUUCCUCUUCAUACAUCUAUUUCGCUGUUUUUGCUGUCCUACUGUGACUGCAAAUUAUUCAAAAUUUUCUUAGUGCCGACUGGUGAAGAUGUGGACAAUCAGUUUGUGACAAAAAACCUCCUUGGCGAUCUCGAGGUCCAUUUAAUCUCCAAAUGCCAGCGUCCUAUGGUCGUGCAGAGCUGCUGUUUACCUGCUGUUGUCGCGAAAGACGGCAAGUUCUGUCGAGCUGGGCUUUCCGUUGUAUUAAGGCAUAUAAUACAGAAAACAUACGAGGCAGAUCCAUCUAAAAAAUAUGUUUUGGAACUCCUGGGCUUUAAGAAGACCUGCUUAAAAGCCUGUGCUGAGGUUAGCCAGUGGACCAGACUUUGUGAGAUCAGCAUACCUCUGGCUGUUGAAGGAUUUUUGACGGCAUCUCCUGAGCACUGUCAGGCUGUCCCUGCUGACAUUUUACAUCUUGAAAGAAAACUUGGAGAACCUGUUCGAGUGCACAACGAUGACAAAAUUCGAAGGCAAAAACUUCAACAACAGAAGGCAGGUGCCGAGGCUGCGGUGCCUGGACUCGGUAAAGAAACGACAGAGGAAGGAAAAACAGUGGAGGUACACGAUCAUCCGCUUCCGAGUUUGGAACUGAGCGUAGCUUUCUCCAAGCUGCAUGUCCAGGAAGCAUCAAAUGCGGUCCGAGAGGCCCCUGUCAUCAGGAGAACAAAAACCUCUGACCUUCCGCCUUUGGACCACAUUUUUGCAGAGGGGCUUUAUUUUACCUUGGCAGAUAUAGUGCUUCUGCCAUGCAUCCAUCAGUUCUUGGUUCACAGCAAAAAACAAGGAAAAAAUCUGGCAAACUUGCCUCUGAUAUCCAGUUGGUAUCAAAGAGUUCAAGAAGUACCUGGAGUAAAGAAAGCUGCUGACAAAUGCAGUAUGCAACUUCUCCAGCUUCCAGAGUUGAUGCCUGCUCCAGAGGAACAGCUACAAGACUUCUCUUCAGUUCCUGAUGAAUUGGAAGAGGAGCCUGAAGACAGUCAUUUUAUAGGUGGUCCAAGGCCAACUAUGACUAAGUUAAUGGAAAGCGGUAUUGAGGCAAAAUUUUCUCCUCAUCCAUGCCCUAGCUGGACUAUAGACUGGACCAAUCUCCCAUCAGCAGUCAGUCCUGGAGAAGGAAAGAUGCCUAGUGAUCGGGCUCUGAGGAAACAGCAGCAAUUGAAUAAUUUGGUAGCAGCUGUGAAAAAGCUCGCUAAGCCUGGAGAUGUCAUUGUGGAUUUUUGCAGUGGAGGGGGACAUGUCGGAAUUGUUCUUGCUUACAUGCUGCCAUCAUGUCAGGUGGUGCUCAUAGAAAAUAAGGAGUUAUCUCUGAUCCGUGCUAAAGACAGAAGCAAUGAACUAGGUUUAAACAACAUUUCCUUCAUUCAAGCAAAUCUGGACUAUUUUAAUGGGACUUUUAACAUUGGGGUGGCUCUGCAUGCAUGUGGUGUGGCAACAGACAUGGUGAUCGAACAUUGCAUCAAGGCGCGGGCAGCCUUUGUCAUCUCCCCGUGUUGUUAUGGCUUCAUUCAGAACACUGUGAAGUUUAAAUAUCCACGAAGUAAUCAGUUCAAAGAAAUUUUAUCCUACAAGGAGCACAUGAUCCUUUGCAGAUUUGCAGAUCAGACAGCUGUUCAGCUUCCACCUGAACGCAGGCUAAUAGGAAAGCAGUGUAUGGGGCUUGUGGAUCUCGAUCGGGCCUGGGCUGCAGAAGGAAGUCACUACUCUGUCCAAGUUAUAUCUAUGGAGCCAGAGAGCUGUUCUCCAAAGAACAAUAUGUUUGUGGGCAUCCCAACUUAGAGUGUGAAGCUCAUACUUGAUUUGAAGUCGAACAUAAAUCCUUGGUGCAUAACAACAUCCAGCAGAUUCAAGCAUAGCUGGGAAGCAGACAUCAUGCAUCUUGAACCCAUUGUGUUUGGAAAAGGAAGCAGCAUGAAAAGUUUUAGAAAAUGAACUGCAUGCAGAGAAUUGCAAAUUGUAGCUUGUAAUGUGUCAUUAGGCAACUUUUGGUUGUUCUUACUGAGAAGUCUCUACAACUGUUGAUGGUAUCACAUCUGUCUGCAGAGGUUUAGAAAAAAGGUGGUCUUAGAGAAGGGAAGGUGAUUCUCUUCGCAGUAAAGCUGUCUUGGCUGCUUCAGAAUUGUAUUCAUGUUCAAACCUUCAUUUGUGCUCAUGGGCAGAGCAGUUACCAGCCAGUUAUGCAGAUCACUAGAGGAACAGAUGGAAUUUAUGGUGUUAGUGAAGAAGGUUGUGCAACAGGUGGUGGCUUGAUUUUGCUAAAGAAUUCCAUACUACUUCAGCAAGAUUAUUUUUAGUAAAAGAUUUUCAGAAUACUUUGAUCAUCAUUCUGCAUGUAGAAAAAAUGUAUUCUAACCUAAUAAUCCUUUUAAAAAUGAUUUAAAAUUUUAUCUUUGAAUUUUACACAGGAAUUCUGUAACCAGACAAUUGAAAGCGAAUAUUUAAAGAAAACCCUUAUUUCUCCAUUGACGAGAUAACAGGAGCUAGUGUGAUGUCAGCGAACAGCUACUUCACUGCCACCUCUACUAGUUGAAGUGGAUUGCUUUCCAUUCUUAAGAGACUUGCUGUCAGAUGGAAUUUUUAAGACCAAUUUGUGUCUGUACACAUAUUCUUCGUUUAUUUUUAUAUUCAAUUUAAAUUUGAACGAAGUUGCAGUUGUGGAACCGUUUGAAAAGAUCAACAACAGACUUGUUACUGUAAAAUGAAAAUAAAUGUUCUUCUGUGCUUUUACUAGUAAACAGUUUCCUACCCUAGUUUAAAAUUGUCUGUUGACACUAGUACAAUGGAAAAGAGCUUAUAACAGUAUUUUUCCUGUAUGAUUGUGGGUUUCAUACAUUUGCAAAUUUUGCCAUGGAUUAAUUUAAAUGUAUCUGAAGUUUGGUCAGUGUGUGUGACACAAAAUUACAAACAGCAACGGGUAUUGGAGGGGAAAAAAAAAAAAGGAUCCUGAAAUGUUUUAUUCUUCAUGAAAGUUCUCUCUCUAAAAGAUCUAAUUAUUUUUUUGUUUUAAUGUGAAGACUGAAGGAAGCUACACACUUAUUUGGAAGCACAAAGGUAAGCAAGUUUGUAUUAAAUGGUACCUUUAACCUGAAUCCUUGAGAAUGACGUAGUGCUUUUCCUGUAACUUUUUUAGUUAACAGGAGGAGCUGGAAGUUGGAAGAUUGCAUAGCAAAUAUAAAAUAUAUGGCAAUACCAGGUGUUCCUGAAAGUUUUGCCCAGAGAUACACUUGCUCAAAGAGAACUCAGGUUUUUAAGCCAGAAGUAAGUCAAAUGUGAACAUUAUCCAGAUAGUAUGUUUGGAGUGAGAAAAUCUCUUCAUUACAUUUUUGUGAAGAAGGAAGAACUUAUCAGGGUAAGAUAGGUGAUUGAAUCUUUGCUGUUGAUGGUAAGGAUUUUCACAAAGCUUUACUCUGCUCUGGGCAAUGGAUACUAAUGUGUGUCUUUUAGGUAUGGUGGUGAUGUGUAUUUGACGUGUUCUAUUAUUAUACAGUAAUAAUUAGCUUUCAGUAGAGCAAAAAACUGUGCUGUUACAUGCUUUGAAAUUUCUACAAUACCCAUUUCAAUCAUCUGUAAUAGUUUUUUGAUCUACCAGAAAUCAGAAAAGGAAUGCACUUGAGAUGUGCCAUAGGAAAUGUAUACCACUGAAUACAAGAUGGGAAAAAAUGGAUUUUUUUAAACAGGCAAAAAGUUUUUCUUGGAAGCAGAGGUAGUGGAGGAGCUUUAUUUGGAUGGGUGUCCAGCAGGUUAUUAGAUGCUUAGGUCAGUCAGGAAGAAUAGCUAAAGCUAAACAAGAAUCCCAGUACCAAUCUUUUUUUUUUUUUUUUUUAAUGCCUAUUUUCAUGUUAAUGAGAUAAUUUCCCAUAGGUGUGCUUACUUGUAACCUAAGUGAAUUGUUUUACACUGUGACAGCAGACUGGAAAAAUCCCACUGAUGCAGUGAAAAUCUGCCAACCCACAUAGAAUUGAGCUUCAGAGGGGAAAAAAUAAUAAUAAAAAAAAGAUUUAUAGAAGAAAAAAGAGAAAGAACUGCAAAAGUAGUGUUGUGUUUAUAUGUAACGUGACAUUCUUGUGUGACCUUACCACUACUGGCAUCAGUGGGCUCUUGUUUCUUUUUUUCUCAGGAGGACAGAAUCUUCCUCAUUUCUAAGGAUGGAGUUACCUUACCACGACUAGUAAAGUCUGAUCUAUGCUUGAGGUGAACUGAUGUUUUGUUUAUUGAAAACUGAAGAGAAGCGGAUGACAGAAGUAUAGAAAGUAGAAAGUAUUUUUAACAGAUGUUAACAGGUAUUUUGUCACAGAUUAAAUUACCACUCAAUGCCAUCUUUUUGCUCUAGAAAUGUGAACUCAUAUUAGUUUUUAGGUACGUUGAUUUGUUACGUUUCCAUAUACGUAAAAGGUAUGAAAUGAACAGAGGCCAAGAAUUUCCUGAACAGCAUGACUGGACAUCGCAGUGCUGGGAAGUGAACAAUCAUUGUUCUUCCCACAACUUGUUAUGCACACAGCUAGCUUGAUAUCCAAAAUGCAGGCCUGAAUACUGUUUGUUUCUCAUGUGUCUGUUCCCACUGGGAUCAGCUGUAUGGUGAACAAAGUAUUGUCCUAACAUAGUCACAAUUUUCUGUUGUCUUGCCUGUAUUGUUUUAUGUUACCCUUGGAGCCAGUAAUGCUGGAAAAAGCAAGUUCGUAAUGUGAAGCUGAUGACCAGGCUGCACUGAUCUCAUCUGUAUGUUAAAGUUAGUCAUCUGUGUGUACAUGCAUCUUUAUCUUUGUUCUUUCCUUUUUGUCUUUAUCGUAUUAUCUGCUUCCUUGGUCCUCUUCCAAGAGGUGUUAGAAUUGCUAUUGUUGGCAGAGGUGGCAGUAUACAAGGGGCACUCCUGGUAGGUACAUUGUGCCCCCUAAAUUCCUUUUGUGGCUUUAUCUUAAAAAAAAAAAUAAUAAAAAAAAUGUGUUGUUAUGACUAUGCUAAACCAGUCUUUUUUAUUUAAAUUAAAGUUACACAUUGUCAGUAUUACCCAUCUAUUGUUCUUGCAAAGAUGCAUGUAAAAUGCUUAAUUCAGGUGAUCAACAAGAAUCUUAGAUGGUUGUUUUCUGUUGUUUGAUUUUAAGCUGCCUGGUGGAUCUGUAGUUUGAAAAGGCAAUGCUAAUCAGAUUUUUUUUUUAAAUUGCUUCAUUCCUAGGUGACAUUCUAUAUUGAUGUUUUCAUUGAAAAUAAUAAUUAGAAAGAACUGUGUGAUCAUGUAUACGCCUGUAUAAGUUUGUGGGCUCUAAGUAAUCUGCAGCAAAAUGGCAUACAGUUAAUUUUGAGUUUACAUGGAUAAUAGUUUGGCUAGAC